AAUAAAUUUAAUAAUAACAUGUAGUGACUGUUUUAAGUGCCAAAAAUUAUAGUAAUUCGGUCAUAAGGAUCAGUUUUGAUGAAAAUUUCAAUUUUUACGCAAUGAGAAAUUUAAACACUUUAUUUCUGCCUUUAUUUAUACUUUUAAUCAUCAUAAAAACAUCGCAUCAACAGUAUUUUCGACAGGAAUGGCUAGAACCAAAUGUAUCGAUGUUUUGUAUGCAAAAAAGACAGCUAACGACUCUAUUCUCUACGAAAAUUAACAAAUAUGAUAUUGAGCUAAAUCGAAUUAAUUCAGCUGUAAUUCUCAACCUAAGAUUUAAUGCCUCACAGGCAAGAAAAGUGAAAAAUGAAUGUAAAUUCACAAUAAGUACGGAAAAAUUUGAUUCCAAAAGUGGCAUAUAUGUGAACAUUAUGAAAAUGAAUUUAAGAAAGCACAAAUACAGCGAGCGAUGCAUUGACUCAUUGCAGAUAAAAUACAAUAACAAUAUUAAGCAGAGUAUUUGUGGAAGUAUAUCAAACGGGAAGAUUACAAGCUAUGAGGAUCUUUCGGGAAAAGUUAAAAUCACUCUUUCUAUCGAUUCGUCCGCAAUAUUUCCAAAAGAUGAGGAUUUUAUAGAAUUUCAGUUAAUAGCAACUGCGUUCAAAAAGUGCUCUAAUGAUUUUGACGGUGAAUUUAAUUGUAAGCCAAAUAAUAUUAAGAGUUGUAUUGAUAAGCGUUUUGUUAACGAUUCUAUUGUCAAUUGUAUCGAACCCAAUUGUCUUGAUGAGCCAUCUUCAGGCUGUGCUUCUUCGUCCAUUUUUGUAACCGAUUUAAAUGAUGAUUCGACAUCAAGUGAAAAUAUUAUUCAGAUCUUCCUAAGCGCAAUUACAUCACUCAUCCUUACCAUGCUUACUUGCGGUGCAUUAAUUUGGAUAAUAUAUAAAAUUAAACGAUGCCUUUCACCAAUUCCACAAACGACAACGACAGCUAUUCGACCGCAACGUAGAAGACGUAGACAUAAUACAGAAGUAGUUUCAACAUCCCAAGACACAUCACCAUCUGCUGCUCCACCGCCUUUUGAUAAAGAUGAUUUACCGCCAAGUUAUAGUGAACUAUUUCCAGAACAAAGUGCUCGUAAAAAUGAUGCUGAAAAUGUUUAAAUUAUUAACGCACAAUGCCUAUAUAGUAGUUAAAAAUAUUUAAGGAUUUCGUUUUUGAGAGAGAGAUAAAAAUUUCAGGUGCACUGGAGCUUAUCAUUUUGGAAGUAUUCUAGGAAUUCAUUAAAUUAUUUACGCCAUAAGUCAUGAAAUUUUUCACUCGAUUUCCUAGAAAAUAAUCUAAACAGUAAGUGUGAAAUGACUCAUCUUACAGAAGCUGAAUAGACAUACUUCAAAAUGAUCUCGUUCCAUCGCCAUUUUCGAUAAUUGAAAAAUUGACUACUGUAUUAGAAUUAAAACGCUAAAAGUAGAUAUUUUAUAAAGAAAUGAAGAAAUUUAAUCGAGUCAAAAAUUUAUAUGUAUUUAAAGUUUAUUAGUCAUAGUUCUUCAUUGAUUUGACUAUCUUAAACCCCCAAAAAGUAAUCAACAGAGCC